AUGCUAUCACUUCAACCUAACAUUAAGCUUGCUUAUUGCAAGAAAAUGUGGAAUGAAGAAUAUUAUAACAAGGAAUAUAAUGCUUUAUGUGAUAUGUUUAACUUAUAUUAUAAGCCACGCGAAUUGGCUUCACAGUCUUUACAAUCACAAAACUCAUUUCAAGGAAAGAGUGCUGUUAAGUCUAGCUAUGCAUCAGCUUGGAUUCAAAACAGCAUUCAACCCAAGGUUAACAGUCAAAUGGCGGCUUCUAAUCCUCAAAAAGAGCUCUGUGAUUAUCUUGAAAGUAAUUUAGAGCAAUAUCAUUCAAAGCAAUAUCCUACUCUUUCAUGGAUUGCAUGCAACUAUUUGGCUAUUCAAGGCUCAUUUGUAGCUGCUGAACACUCUUUUUCAGCUGGUAGAUUGACUAAUGUUCUCAAUCGUAACCAGAUGGAUCCAGAACUCUUUGGGUAUCUUCAAAUUCUCAAAGGUUGCUACAAGUCUAAACUAAUGACUGCUACUAAUGAGGCUAAGGCUCAUGAGCCUAUGGAUUGGGAAUCUAUUUAA